UGGUCAUAGUGACGCGGAGAACUGGUCGGAAGAAGAUUGCAAAAAAGCAUUGUAUCAAGGAGAAAUAUUACUUCUGCGAUACCGAUACCAGGAGGCUGUUGAUAAAUUGGAGCUGUGCGUAAAGAACAUGGACCGAAUAUAUGGCGAAGGCAGCGACGCGUUGGGCGAGGCAUAUCUUUGCUAUGGACAGGCUUUGCUGGGGGUGGAGCAGAUGGAUGAAUCUCUUUUUCAAAAAGGCGAAGUGAAUGGAAUGGAAGAAGCAGCAGAGGAAGAAGAUGAUGAUGAUGAAGAUGAGGACGACGAAGAAGAGGGCGAGGGAGAAGCUCAAGAUCAGGAUGAAGACGAAGGGAAAGAAGAAGUCGCUGAUGGAGAGAAAAUCGUGAAUGGAGAUGCUGCUGCCGCUGAGGAGCCCGAAAAAGUCACAAAUGGGGAUUCCACAGAAGAAUCCAAGGAACCGAACGGCGAAGAAGUGACGACUGAUUCUCCUGCUCCCGGUCCCAGUGGUGUCCAAAAUACGGAUGAAGCCGAGGAGCAGAUAACGAAUAUGCAAGUGGCAUGGGAAGUUACGGAAAUGGCUCGGAAUAUAUUUUUGGCUCGGUCUGGGGAUGAUCCUGACAAUUUGAAGAAGCUGGGACGAGCAUAUGCCACGCUCGCCGAAAUAGCGGGGAUUUCUCGCCAAUUCGUUGAGAGCGCUGCCGACUUCCAGAGGGCGUUGGAAAUCCUACAGAAGACGCAGAAUUCAUUGCGGGAACAAGCUGAAAUCUUAUACCUUCGAUCAAAUGCGCUCGUGAGCUGUAAUCGAUUCGAUGAAGCAGUUGAGGCCUUGCGUGGUGCGAUGGAUUUGCUGACGAAGCAUCAAGAUGAUCUCAAAGAGGGUUCCCAUCCUGACCGUACCGAGGAGGAUAUCAAGAAAGGUCCCGACUUUCUAAACAUUUGA